AUGAAUACAAAUACAAAUACACAACAACAAACAGCAAAUAACAAUGAUAAUAAUAAUGGUGGUAAUGUGAAUAACAAUGGUACAGGUGGUGGCGGUAACAAUAAUGGUGCAAAUCAAAACAAGGAUCAACAGAUACUGGCAAAAGAAUCGAUAGAUUCUAUAAUGAGAGAGUUCAUCGGUCUUGUAGAUAUAGGAAAGAAUGCAACAUGGACACUCUCCUCUGCGAAACCUGGUUUUGGAAUCGAACAACUAUUGGAUGAGAACUUAUCAACCUAUUGGCAAUCAGAUGCACCACAACCACAUACUAUAAAUAUACAAUUCAAUCGUAGAUAUGAAAUAGAGAGUUUAUUAUUGUAUACAGAUUUCAAAGAGGAUGAGAGUUAUACACCUUCAAAGAUAUCCAUAAAGAUAGGAUCUACUUUUCAUGAUUUGGAAGAGAUUAUCAAUACUGAUUUAGAGGAACCGAAUGGAUGGAUCAAUAUACCAUUAUUAAAUGAAAAACAAAAGCCAUUGAGAGCAAAUUUACUACAGAUCUCAAUCAUUGCCAAUCAUCAAAAUGGUAGAGAUACACAUGUUCGUCAAAUUAAAGUUUUAGGUAAAAAAGUAACUUUGGAAUCUAAACUACGUAUUCCAAAUUUUUCACAACCAGAAUUCAAUUUUUAUAACAACAUCAGAUAG